GUUGGGGGGUUUUACUUAAUUCAGGUAUAGGCGACGGCCCUCCACGCAGUUUAAGUGCCAGAGUGAUUGGAAUAGCAUGGGCGUGUUUUGCUAUGGUUAUUGUUGCUACUUAUACAGCCAACCUAGCCGCCUUCCUGGUUCUCGACCGAUCCGAACAUCUCGUCACGGACAUCCAUGAUCCAAAACUACGCGAUCCACUAGUGGGAGCUAGAUACGCUACUGUGCGUGACAGCGCUGUGGAAAGUUAUUUGAAUGAAAAGGUUGAAUUUGACUCCAUAUCUAAACAAGUGACAAGAAAUUCUUAUGAAAACUCAAGUUCCGCGAUUGAAGAUCUGAAACUGGGGAAACUGGAAGCUUUUAUAUGGGAUAGUGCUUCAUUGCAGUAUGAGAGAUCGGUUAAUUGUGACCUGGUAAUGGCUGGAGAACCAACAUUUGGACCUGGGUUUGGGAUUGCUAUGCGCAAGAAGGAUAAGUUACUGGAUCAAAUUUCAUUGCUUCUGCUGAGUUUUCAUGAGAAUGGGUUCAUGGACAGUUUGAGGUUGAAGUGGACAUUGAACCAAGGCUGUCCCCAACGUACAUCAAGUCCCGCAACCCUCAAGCUCGAAAACAUGGUCGGGGUUUUUAUAUUGAUCGGUAUAGGGAUUAUUUCUGGCGCUAUUUUCACAGCUAUUGAGGUGGUUUAUAAAAGAAAGAGGAAUUAGUUGAGCGUGAAUAGGUGUGAAUAUGUGGGGUUUUGUGUUAUUGUAGUAGAUAUAGUGGAAAGUUGUAGAAAAUGUUAUGUUUUUGUCUAUAUAUAUAUUGUACAUGUUGUGUUUUUUUUUGUUGUAGUUUGUUAGAUAGGCUGGCGGUAGUAGGUGUAAAAAUUAAGCUGUUUUUUGAGAUACAAACAUGGUUGUAUUUUAGGAAUAGUCUGUUAAAAUAUAUGAAUGAACGCGUUUUAUGUAUAGUAUAUUUUGUAAAAGUGAAGUUAUAUUUUCUGUACUUUUAGAUUAUAUUACUAGAAGAACCAUUUACUUAUAAUGUAGUUGAUUAAUAGACAGUAUGUGUUAAGAAAAUGUUAACUUUGUAAUUUUAGUGUGUAUAUGUUAUUGGUUGGACAUUUGAUUAUUUUUGAUAUGUUGUGCAUGGAUGUAUUGUAAUAUAUUAGCAGAAGAAUUGUUGCAGAAACAGCAAUUUUGUUUUGUUCCAGAAGUUUAUGUUAUUCUGUUUGUUUUGUCUAUGGGUAUUAGACAGUUAUAGGAAAUGGAAACUGCAGUCAUAUUUGUGUAAUAUUUAAUAUAUUGCCAG